AUGCUGAGCUCAGUGUGCGUCUCCUCUUUCCGCGGGCGCAAGUCUGGGAACAAGCCGCCGUCCAAGUCAUGUUUGAAAGGGGAGAUGGGCCGGAACGAAGACAACGACAAGAUAGUCAUCAACGUGGGCGGCAUCCGGCAUGAGACGUACCGCAGCACCCUCAAGACCCUGCCGGGCACGCGGCUGUCGUGGCUCACCGAGCCCGACGCGUGCAGCAACUUCGACUACGACCCCAAGGCCGACGAGUUCUUCUUCGACCGGCACCCGCAAGUCUUCGCCUACGUGCUCAACUACUACCGCACGGGGAAGCUGCACUGCCCGGCCGACGUGUGCGGGCCCCUCUUCGAGGAGGAGCUGGCCUUCUGGGGCAUCGACGAGACCGACGUGGAAGCCUGCUGCUGGAUGAACUACCGGCAGCACCGCGACGCCGAGGAGGCCCUCGACAGCUUCGAGACGCCCGAGAGCCAGGACGAUGAGGAAUGCGGAGACCUCAAGCGCCACUGCCUGCAGGAGGACGGGCGCAAGCUGGGCCGGUGGGCCGCCUUGCAGCCCAAGGUGUGGGCGCUCUUCGAGGACCCCUACUCCUCCAGAAUGGCCAGGUAUGUGGCCUUUGCCUCGCUCUUCUUCAUCCUCAUCUCCAUCACCACCUUCUGCCUGGAGACCCACGAGGCUUUCAACCACAUCACAAACAAGACAGAGGUCAUACAGUCAGAGAACGGCACCACCGUAAAGGUGGACUUUGAGAUGGAGACGGAGCCAUUCCUCACCUACGUGGAAGGGAUGUGUGUCAUCUGGUUUACCUUUGAGUUCCUCAUGCGUGUCAUCUUUUGCCCAGACAAGCUGGAGUUCAUCAAGAGCACCCUCAACAUCAUCGACUUUGUGGCCAUCCUGCCCUUCUACCUGGAAGUGGGCCUCAGUGGCCUCUCGUCCAAAGCGGCCAAGGACGUGCUGGGCUUCCUGAGGGUGGUAAGAUUUGUCCGGAUCCUAAGGAUCUUCAAGCUGACAAGGCAUUUCGUAGGGCUGAGAGUCCUAGGCCACACAUUGAGAGCCAGUACCAAUGAGUUCUUGCUCCUCAUCAUCUUCCUGGCCCUGGGGGUCUUGAUCUUUGCCACCAUGAUCUACUAUGCCGAAAGGAUCGGGGCUGACCCAGACGACAUCACAGGCAGCAAGCACACCACCUUCAAGAACAUCCCCAUUGGGUUCUGGUGGGCGGUGGUCACCAUGACGACUUUGGGCUACGGUGACAUGUACCCUGAGACCUGGUCAGGCAUGUUGGUGGGAGCACUGUGCGCCUUGGCUGGCGUGCUGACCAUUGCCAUGCCCGUGCCAGUCAUCGUCAACAACUUUGGCAUGUAUUAUUCGCUGGCCAUGGCCAAGCAGAAACUACCAAAGAAAAAGAACAAGCACAUCCCACGAGCCCCCCAGCCUGGGUCGCCCAACUACUGCAAACCGGACAUGCAGUCCCCACAUCGCAGCAACCAGGGCGACUCGUGUCCCCUUGCUCAAGAGGAGAUCAUCGAGAUCAACAGGGCAGAUUCCAAGCAGAAUGGUGAUGCAGCAAAUGCGGCGUUGGCUAAUGAGGACUGCCCCACCAUAGACCAGGCCCUGUCACCUGAGGAGAAGUCACCUGUCACACCUGGUGGUCGGGAACGCUACAACCGUGACCGAGCCUGCUUUCUCCUCUCCACAGGUGACUUUGGUCAGUCACCUGAUGGGAACAUCCGAAAAGCGCUUCCAACAGGCUAUGAGACGUCCCACAGCCUGAACAGCAUUGCUGGACUGCGCCUGUCUCCGGCGCCCACUCCUUUCGGCUCGCCUGGUUCCGUCCGACGUCCCCGCUCGCCCAUCCCUUCCAUCUUAUAGAGACACACCAGGGAUGCUUGGGGUUAGCUUGUAUGUUCGUUUAUUUUUAAAAAAAUAUAUAGAGAAGAAAAAGAAAAAAAUAAGGUAAUGCCAAAAAAAGGAAAAAGAAAACAAAGGUGGUCAAAUGCAUUGGAACAAGUAAAACACAGGAGGCAUCUCACAGGUGGUGUUGCACUAAAGUUUGCACUUUCUGGAGUGUCCAUGAGAAUCCCGAGGCCUGAAGCCUUCUGUUCCUGUGGCUAUGGAUCAAGAGUGGGGCUUAAUUUACCGACAGGAGGGUGAAUGCGGGGGGCUGGCUAGCUCAGAAAAUCCAAAUACUCCGAAGAGGAGGAGGUCGCUGAGAGAUGGACACUGCAGGAAAGGGGCUCUGGCCCUCCUCUCUGGGUUGCCUGCAUUUCUCCCCCUCUUCAACCUCACUAGAGUGCACGAUUUUUCUCUGGCCCUGGCUUUGCGCUUUAUUUCUCUCCCUUUAGUGCUCUUCCC